GGUAUAAAUAUAACAUAUCUGCUCCCUUCCUCCACUAUACAUGCCCUCCCUGACAUCUUUUUAUUAGGGUUCCAGUAAUACUUCCCAGUUUGACAUUUCUAUCAGACAUGCAAAUAGUGUCACACAGAAUGCCUCAGAAUAUAGAAGUAAUGGAGGUAAGUAUUGUUUUGAAGGUCUGUGUGUGUUACUUUGGCUCAUUUUAAAGGUGACGAGACUUUUCCGAAGACUCCGCGUGUUGUUGACAUUCACCCAUUUUGUUUACUAUUGAUCUGUGUCCAGUGUUGUAGGAAUCAGCUCGCAGUUGCAAAAUAGCUCGCAGAGAGAGGUUCAGCUUGCUUACUUUUUACUAUAUUUCACUCACCGCUAUCGUUUACUUGUCCUGUUCCGACUCCAAUACAUGGCACAAACAUCAGAGCAAUACUUUUAAUCCAGAGAAGGCUUUACAACAAACGAAUAGGGGAGAUUUUACGGAAAAUAUUACCCCACGUUGAUGUUCACUCAGUUCUUGGUGGUUUGGUCUGUUGGUCUGGUGUGUCGUUGUCUUGCCGGCAACAUCAGCCAUGACAGAGAUCAUAAGUGGACAAAACUAGAACAAAACCAGGCAAAUUAAUGUGUUUUCCUGCUGUGUAUUUCCCAAGUGCGCAGGCGUAGUGGACAGCAGAGCGACUUAUUUCUGCGAGGAGGUAUUUCUCGCCACACGACCGUUUCAAGCUGUUUUUAUGCCUAUUUCUUCGUUGUUCAGGAGUUAUUAUGAGUUUCCUUCCUUCUAGUUGGUGCCCCGUAAGCCCUCCAAGAUGUAGAGGAAGGACCCAAACCCUGCAGGAGAUGAGGGGCCGCGAGCGCACCAGUGAUGGAGAUGGUGGCAAGCGCGAGGGAGUGUGAGGCAGGACGCUGAGGGAGGCUGGCCGAGGCUGGCUGGUCCUGUGGAGGAGUCGCCGCCGCCACCACGAGCCCCGCCCUGACACGUGUUCACUCUUGACAUAGGCCGUGCCCGUGGAUGGACUAGAGGGUGGCGUGGGGGGCAGCGACGGUGGUGGGGGGGCGGCAACAGCAGCGAUGUCACGGUGUGGAGACGGUCCAGCCACCACCAGCCUUCCGGAGCCCCCUGCUACCAGUGCGCCCCCCACCACUCACCCCUGCUGCCUCAUCCUCUCACGCAGCUGCAUUGGGGCCACCUCUAGCGAGACUGUGCUUGUGAAAUGGUCCCUGCCGCCAGACCAUGCUGCCUCCCCCCUCGACUGGCUGGGUCUCUAUGUGGCUGGUGAGAGCGAGGCGGAGCGUUGCCUGGACCAGCGGAGGUGCGGCGGCCAGCCUCAGGGGGAGCUCUCCUGGACCCUGGAUGUCCCGGCCCUCCUCCCUAGAAAUGUCGGGAGUGUAGAGGUGCGAUACCAGCGUGGUGAGGGAGCCGCCAUCACCUCCCUGGGUGUGUCGGCGGUGCUGCGUGUGGUGAGGCUCAGCGACGGCUCAGCCUCAGACUCCUCAGAGGACGAGGCUCUCCUCCACCCGUCCCUCACCCUCCAGCGCUGUAUCUCCUGCACCAGGCUCAUCCGUUUCACCAUCUCCAAUUUCGCUGCCCAUGGUCUGCGAAGGGGAAUAUUUUUCCAGCCAGAUCCUUAUGUGAAACUUCGCAUACUCCCUGGGGAGUCCCAGACGCUCCUGCCACACCACGGGCAGGAGGUUCGGUCCUGCGUGGCAGAGAACACCGUCAACCCCUCCUGGAAGAGGCAGGAGUUCACCUUUAUCGGGUACCUCCAUGACAUCCUCGAGAUUGAGCUCAAGGACAAGUUUGCCAAGAGUCGACCAAUAAUCAGCCGCUUCUUGGGUCGCCUCACCAUAGAGGUCGCCACCCUCAAGGAGCGCCUCAAGAGUGGAUUAUCAGGGCACCUGGACUUUGCACUCGGCAGCAAGAGCACGGGAGAGUCUGUGUCUGGUCACGUGUACUUCACCGUGACCUUCACCCUGCCCCCUGCAACCACUGCUGCCUGCUCUGGUCACGGGGGCCUCGAGUGCCCGGGGGAGCUGGACAGGAUGAGGCUCAAGGGCGAGGCUCUCUUGGACUCGCAUGGUGACCAGGAGUUCAUCACUAAUGGCCACAUGGGGUUCAGGAAAAAUCCCUUAAAAUCCAAUAACAACAAUUCAUCUGCUUCAUCGAUGAGCAAUGGUACGGGGAGCAGCUUUGGAGAGGAGGAGGUGGCGCUGAAUGGGGAGGCUGGUUUUGGGGAGGCAAGGCUGGACAAUGGCCAGGACCACACCAGCUCCAGUAGUAGGGAGUCAGACUACUCCCCAAUCUGGAAAUACUCCUGCAAAGUUCCUAAUGUCACCAAUAGAGGGAAGGCCACUGAGAGCAGAGGGGAGGAAGCCAUAUAUGAAACAGUGUACCCAACUGAGGACUACCAGACUCAGGAGGGGGAAGUGACUGAGGCAGGCCCCGUCCUCCCCCCAAGCGAUGAAGACUCACCGCCGCCCCUUCCUCCACGCACCAAGUCCCUCAUGAAGUCCCUCAAUGAGAUGGGCCACCGACCUCUGUCUCGCUCCAUGGCCGUACAGCUGGGCCUUCCCCCCACCUUCCCCACCGUGGUCAGGAAGCGGCCUCUGCCCCUCCCAGACACGACAGCUGGGGAUCAGGUGGCCCCACUGAAUGGUUCUGUCAAGGACGUCAACGGUAGUGGUGAGCCCAGUGUUCGCCCCAAGGCUCCGGUGCUCAGUGCCAGCUCUCAGUCCAGUUGUGAUAGCGAGAGUAGUGGAGCAAGUUAUGGAGAUGGGAAAAGAAUGCAUUUUCCUUUAGAAGGGUCAUUUUCUUAUGAUAUUGUGGACUUAGAUGAAGUUCUACAAAUUUCAGAAAUGUCAUAUAAUCAAACUGAUACAGAUAGUCAGUGCCAAGCAGGAAAGUCUUUAACUCAGGGACCUAGUUCAUCUUUGCAAUCUUCUUCUUGUGCUUCCAUGGAAAGUGAACCUUCUGAAGAUAUAACAAGACCUUCCGCAUUCUGUGAUGCACCGGAGGAAGUAAAGGAAUCAGUCAAUGGGGAAAGUAUUAGAGACAGGUCAUGUGCUACUGUGGCUCCACUAGCAACACCAGAGCAAGACUCCAGCCUACUUCAGGAGGCAGCUUCCACAGACACCUUACUGGAGAGCUCAGAAGAUGUGUUGGACCUUGAUGCAAGUAAAAGCUGCAGUGGAAGUUUGCCUACACCUAAAGGAACUGAUAGUGAGUGUACUGUUAUUCCAAGCAACUCUCAGACUACUGGUGGUGAAAGCUUUAAUGUUAAGGAACGUUCAUUCCAAGAAGUAGUUAACAACCAAAGUGAUUCUUUUUCUAGUCCGGUAAAUGUAACUUAUAUGUGUGGUGUGGCGACGGUCAGUGCUCAAGAGAGAAGGAGUUCAUUUGUAGGAAAUGUUUCUGGUGAUUUUGUUAACCAGUCGGGUACAAGUACUGAUAAUGCAGACAUUCAUGAUGAUAACAAGGGAAGAACAAAUGCAAAUUUGUUACAACACAAGUCAGACUCAGUACACUCAGAUGCCCCUGACCAGGAAGCACCAUCAGGCCUGAGGGUGUCAAGGGAGGGCUCAGUGUCUGGCAGGUCACCUUCUCCAAGGCUUAGUGACUCACUCCAGGUAUCAAGUUCCACCUCAGAGUCAAUAUCUCCUGCUGGGGGCUCCACCUCUUGCUCCUUGUCCUCCCAGGCAGGUGAGGAUGGCAGGAGGGGCUCAGAGUCCACUUGUAUGGUAAUAAGUACUGAGAGUUCCUCCUCUAAUUCAGUGUUUGCUAGUCCUACCACGGAAACAAAUGACUUAGACCUGGUGUCGCUGGUGUCGGCAGCACAGUUAGUGGACAUGAACAUAGCAGCGGGGAUUGAAAGAGAACCUCAGACCCCAGGCCAGGAAACCCUCGAAACUCCGGUGCGGCCGAGGAAAGAUUUGUCCACACAGGUCCCUGUAUCAAAUGAUGGGGACGAGGACACUCCUCCAGCUGUGCCACCUCACAAGCCCCACCAUUGCCUGCUGAAGGCCCUGGUGCAUCCACCCCUCUGUCCACCCACCCCAACACAUCGUACCAAGCCACAGCCACCGGAGCGCACCACCAGUGACAGACGAGAAAGGGACACCGGUGCCUUUGGAAAGGAAGAAACUUGGGAGAAGGAGGAGAGGCCAUCCCACCACCCCAAGCUAUCUCGACAACCAUCACUCAGGGACUGGCUGAAGAAAUAUCCCAAAGUUGAAGUUGCAUUUGAUGAGCCUUUACCCUCUAAUGUUGAGGCCCGUAAGGACAGUCAUGGCAGGAUCUUUUUCAUCGACCACAUUGCCAAGACAACCUCGUGGGAAUGGCCGCCGCCGAAGCCACUUCUGACCCAUCGGCCGCUCUUCUUUGUGCCACAGGUGGACGAAGGGAAAAGGCGGUCGUACUGUGAAAGCGGGGAGAGCGAGUGCAGCGGCAGCCGGGCAAGCAGUCGAGUGGUGACUCCUGAACCCUCCACCCCAAACUCAGCAUCAGGGAUGUCCUCUGCAACUAUAUGUCCAAGUCCUGACCACUGUGAGGAAGGGGCAGGGGCCAUUGUCACCUCCCCACCCCCACCUCCACCCCCACCUUCACCACCACCACCACACCCUGUGCUCUCUCCCCCGCUUCCUUCUGGUGAGGCAUCAAGUGGAUCAUUAGGAGGAGUCGCAGGGGCAACAGGCAGCACCACCCCAGGAGGAGAUACAACACCUGUUGAGGGCCUUGAGGACAGGAGGCUGCAGGAGGAGUCCAGGAUUGGCAGCGAUGAGGAGAAGGCCCCAACCCCUCCCCCUCGCCCUCACCACCGUCUCUCUCGCCCCAUGCCUCCCCAUCCUCCCCCGCUGCCCCAGCAGUGUCCCCCAACUCCCACGCAUCACGCUCGACGCUCCCAUCCUUCAGGUGGAAGUGAUCAGGAGUUGGAACGUCAUGGUCGCACGAUGCGCCUUCCUUCCAUCCCUGAAAGAACAAUCAAGUUCCAGAGGGUGGAGAUUCAACCUGGAGAAGAGCCACUUCCCAUCAAUUGGGAGGCGCGCAUUGAUAGCCAUGGCCGUAUUUUUUAUAUUGAUCAUGUCAACCGCACCACCACAUGGCAGCGGCCAUCCGGCAAUGACUCUGCUCAGACGCAACGAAACCAGUCAACAGACCGGCUUCAAAGGCAGCAGCUGGACAGAAGGUACCAGAGUAUCCGUCGGACAAUAACAUCCCGGCGGGUGGAGGGAGAGGAGGUGCCCCCCACUGCUGUUUCUGCCACCCUGCCAUCCUCAGCCUCCACACCCUCACUAGCAUCAGCAGCAGCUACUCCUCAGACAUUGUCAUCCUCCACCUCAACCUUCCCCAACAGUACAGCAGCUCCACCAGACCUCUCGCCCUCCACACCGUCAGCUGUUCAGUCACCCACAUCAGCCUCCACAUCCACCACUCUUCCAGCUCCUUCAAGCUCAGGAACUUCCUCCUCUUCUACUCCAUCCUCCUCGACAUCCUCUUCCUCCUCCUCCUCCUCCAUGAGCAGUGAGAGGCUGGACAUGUUGCUUCAGUUGCCGGCCGUCAAGUUCCUCACCAGAUCAGACUUCUUCAGCGUCCUCCACAUGAAUGACGAUGCAUGUUCUGUGUAUGAAAGGAGUGCAUCCCUCAGGCACAUGAUCUCUCGAGUACGCCGAGACCCAGCAGCUUUUGCCCGCUACCAGCACAACAGGGAUUUAGUCAGCUUGGUCAACCAGUUUGCAGACAUAGAACGGGACUUACCUCGUGGCUGGGAGGCAAAAUAUGAUCGUUCAGGGAAGCUGUUCUUCAUUGAUCACUCUAGCAAGACCACCUCCUUCAUGGACCCCAGAUUACCCAUCGAUGCUCCAUUCAUCAACGCCAGCAAACUAGCAUUACCCAGCACCCACCAUCGGAGGUCUCGCUCUCCAGCUGAGGAUGAUGCCUCUCGGGUGCCCAUUCCCCCGCCACGCCCACCCACCACUAUUGGCAGUGUUUGUGGGGGCAUCGCUGCACACGUCACCCCUAACAUUCCUACUGCCUACAAUGACAAGGUCGUUGCCUGGCUGCGGCAACCAAACAUUAUGGACAUCCUCUGUGAGCGUCACAGUGGCCUGCGCACCUCCCCAGCUCUCAGGGACAAGGUCACUGCCAUCAGGAUGGAUGGAACAGCAGCUCUUGACCGCCUCAGUCACGACGUAGACCUCAUCAUAGUGCUGAGUUUGUUUGAACACGAGAUCAUGUCAUAUGUGCCUCCCACUGUGGGUAUGUCCCCACGUGGCUCCCCCCAGCCCUCCCCCCAGGCCUCCCCUGGACUGGCUCGAGCCAAUGCUCGGGCUCAUGCGCCUUACCGGAGGGACUUUGAGGCCAAGCUCAGGAAUUUCUACAGGAAGUUAGAGGGCAAAGGCUAUGGGCAAGGCCCAAAUAAACUCAAACUCAACAUUCGUCGUGACCACCUACUAGAGGAUGCCUUCAACAAGGUGAUGGGUGCCAGCAAAAAGGACCUUCAGAAGUCCAAACUGUAUAUUACCUUCUAUGGGGAAGAAGGACUGGACUAUGGGGGACCAUCCAGGGAAUUUUUUUUCUUGUUGUCCAGAGAACUAUUUAACCCAUACUAUGGACUCUUUGAAUAUUCAGCCAAUGACACCUACACAGUUCAGAUUUCUCCCAUGUCGGCCUUUGUGGAUAACUACCAUGAAUGGUUCAGGUUUUGUGGGCGGGUGCUGGGGCUGGCCCUGGUCCACCAGUACUUACUGGAUGCCUUUUUCACUCGACCUUUCUACAAAGGUUUGCUGCGUAGCCCUGUCUCCCUGUCUGAUGUGGAGUCCCUGGACUCUGAGUUUCACCAAAGUCUGCUGUGGGUGAAGGAUAAUGACAUCACUGACAUUUUGGAGUUGACCUUCUGUGUCACUGAAGAGAUCUGGGGACAUGUGGUGGAAAAGGAUCUCAAACCUGGAGGGAAAAAUAUUGCUGUCACUGAGAGAAAUAAGAAGGAGUAUCUGGAGCGAAUGGUUCGGUGGCGGUUGGAAAGAGGAGUCAGUGAGCAGACCGAGAGCCUUGUUCGUGGAUUCUACGAGGUAAUUGACCCUCGACUGGUAGGAGUGUUUGAUGCUCGAGAACUUGAACUAGUCAUUGCCGGCACACUGGAGAUUGAUGUGACUGACUGGAGGAAAAACACUGAGUAUAGAUCUGGCUACCAUGAUUCUCACCCGGUGAUACAUUGGUUCUGGCUUGCUAUUGAGCGCUUUGACAAUGAACGACGGCUGAGACUGCUACAGUUUGUCACCGGCACCUCAAGUGUGCCUUAUGAGGGAUUUGCUGCCCUUAGGGGAAGCAAUGGUCCUCGGAGGUUCUGCAUUGAAAAGUGGGGGAAACCCUCUAGCCUACCCAGGGCCCACACAUGCUUUAACCGCCUGGAUCUGCCGCCGUACCCAUCUCCUGAAAUGCUGUAUGAGAAAUUGCUCCUUGCUGUCGAAGAGACCUCAACCUUUGGCAUAGAGUAGUGCUCAUUGUCAGCUUUUGGGAAGUCAUUUAAGGCAACUGCUGCACCACCUUUUCAGAAAUGAGCUGUUUUUGCUGCAUCAGAAGGUAAUGCUAGGUGUUCAAAAUGGCAGCUAGAGAGACAUGAUCAGCCAUACACAGUAUCAUGUUCUGUGAUCAUGCUUAUAUGGACUUGGGUUAUGAUCCCCUAUGUUUUAGUUCAGGGAAAUCAUAUGCAUAUGUGUGUACAGGCAGACCCCAUUUAUUAGUACACCUUUCAGCACUGGUUGGCCAUCCUGUUGUACAUGUGCAUAAUGGUACUUAAUGGCAAAAUCUCUGUAUAUGUUAAAAAGUUCCCCAGACCAUACAGGCAUUGAUUGAAGUUAAUUAGUUCUCUGCUUUAGUAUCAUUGAUUUUGAUUAAGUUUUCUAACUAAAUUGACCCUAAAAGUCCCAUUAAUCAAACAGUGCUGAGUUGAUAAGGGAUACUUAAAAUUCUCCAUCUCUCCACUUAACCUGUUCUUUUAUGGAUGAUGGCAAGGUACUCGAGCAGUCACCAGUCUGUUUCCACAACAUUACACGUGGUGUCCUUUGAUGGGUCAACAUUUUGCCUUAUGACAUUAUGAAAGAUUCUGUAGAGCCAGACAAACAGUCCAUUGUCAUGGCAACUCUACUUCAAGCAUUGCAUUUUUCUUAUGCUUCCAUCUUUCAGACAAAGUAAGAAAAAUAUGCCAGCAACAUGUUACUCUUAAAAAGAGAACAGACGAAUAGUUGUCGUACCUUUCAGUGCAAGGAUGAACCUUUAGCUUUAUAAUCAGUGGAGGACUACUUUGACAAAGUGCAUUCACAGUACAGUAACUUGACAUGGCAGUCACCUCACUGCUGCUCCUUCACAGCCCCUUUCUCCUCCGAAGGUAAAAUCCCAGAAAACAAUAUCUAGUUUCACUGACAAGCUCAGAAAUAUGAUGUGUUUCAAGAUCCAUGAUAUGUCAGUUAAGGGUCUUUUUUUUUUUUUUUUUUUUUUAUUUAUUUAUUUUUUUUUUUUUAAUGGGAGUAGCAACAUAUCUCCAUAAUUAUAAUUGGCAUAUAGCACUUGCGAAUGCUGAUUUUUUCAGCAUAUCCUUUUUAAACAGAAUUCCAGUGCCAAAUGUGGUCUGCCUGUAGUCUUCAGAUAGUUUUCUAUUAUUGAAAUAACAUUUUCUUGUAAAUUCAGGCAGUCAGCAGAUGUAUUUCCAAACCUUUUUCCUCAACCUGUAUUAUUACCGUCAGUAUCAGCUAGAGGUUAGAUACUGUUUAUUUAUAUAUUUAUUUAUUUUGUUUAUUUAUUUGUUUUAGUUAUGUUACCUUUAGUCCAAGUACCUUCAUCUGAAAUGUGAUAAUUUACUUUUAAGACAGUAUGUUUAGCCUCACUGCUCACAUGGCAGGCAUUACUCUUUGUUCUUGUACAUACUCUUUGCUCACAACACUGGUGUCAGACACUAGUGAGAUGCUGAUAACAAGUUUCCUUAAGCUUUAUUUCUUCAGUAAGAGGCAGACACUCAAACUAAGGCUCAUUAUUGCCAUUUACAAGGCCAGUCUUAAAAGUAUUGAUUCAACAAAUAGAUGGUAAGUUAAUAUUUAUCUUGAGAUUAUACACUGUGGUUGCAUGAUGGAACCAGCAGUAUAAGCAGGGCUGGAGUUGUUUGUAGUACAGCUCUUCAAGUUUGGACACAAUUUAUUAUUUUUAGUAGGAAAGCUCAUUAAGCUGUAUUGACAUUUUGCAUAGAAUAGAUAGCAGUGAGAAAAGUUAUACAUUUCUAUUAUAUCUUUGUAAAUAAGGCAUUUCUUUUUUUAUGAUGUGAAUGAGGGCUAUGUCAGCACUCAUCCCCAGCAAUAAUAUUUGAUUAAUAUUUAUUUAUUUUUUGUUUAUUAUUAUUAUUAUUAUUUUUUUUCACAAGAGCUCUCUUCAGUUUUAGGCAUGACAUUUUUUCAGGACACUCUUGAAUUAUCCUUACUAGUGACAUUAUAUUUCAGACUUAAAAACAAUUUUGAAAGAAAAAAAUUAAACUUAAGUUUUCAGCAUUUCAUCAGCUUCAUUGGUACGGAACUUUUUUUUUAUUAUUUCAUGAUGUUUCUUUUAUUUCAAGUCAUACAGUUGGAUUUUAUUUUUUACAUUAAUAAUGAAAGCACAAAAAUAAUUUUAGCACAAAGUAUUUAUAUCUAAAUUUUAUACAAACAUCUUUUUUUCCACUAGUAUAAAACCUGCAAUGCAAUAAGUUUAAUAUGAAUCCUUUUAAAUAUAAUACUUGAAAAAAAAUGUGUAUUUAAUCUUUAUAUUAGCAUUGGCUAAAAAAUCCUAAUGUCUUUGAUUUAUUUAUUUUCUAUUAAAGUGGGGCAAUUAAAAGCUGUAGCUAUAAACUAAUUUCUGGUCAGUAAUGAUAAAAUUUCAGUUUUCACUAAAUAUUUACCUUGGCCAUAUCCCAGAUAUUUAGUGUUGUCUCAUAACAUAAACAAACAUGGCACCAAUGAAAGCUGUGACUGAAAUGUGUUGCCCAAGCAGUCAUAGGCAAGGAGUUCAUAGUAUUCAACUGUUUAUCAUACAGUAUUAUUUUCUACAAUAUAUGACAUUUUCUACUGUAUGCUAAAUCACAGGGUAAGUGACAACCAUAUUCACAACUUGACAGCAAUUUUGUUUCUCCUGCACUCCAUAUUCCGGCAGUGAUGUAGCAGUACAAUUUUCACUAUUGCUUCUUUUUGUCUGUCAUGUUUUGUUUGAUAUUGUUUCUUUGGCACCACCUCAUAUAUAUAGAGAUGAGCACAUUUUAUAUUAAACAGACAUGCAGAUCUUACACACACACACACACACACACACACACACAUAUGCUAUAUGCAUGCACAGAUUGUUUUGAAAUUUAUUGCAAAAUGUGGUCUAAAAGAAACAAACAUAAGAGCAUGAAACCUAGACUAAACCAGAUGGUCUUUCUUAAUCACCUUAUGACUCAAGGUAGAGAUGUUUUUUGCUCCAUUAUCUCAUGAUGCAGAAUGGUUGCUGAAGAGAGAAAAUGCAAAACUCAAGAAAAUUGUGUGGAAGUUCACAGGCCUUCUAAAUCACAGGACCUAAGUAGUGACACUCACAGACUCUAUUUCAUUAUAUAUUUAUUUAUUUAUUCAAUUAUUUAUUUAAGUGCAUAUUUAUAUGCUUAUUUGAUAAUAUUCAUCAGCAUUGCUAUUUUUUAACUUCUAUAUAAUAAGCAUAGUAUUUGAUAUAUUGCUGCAUUUUUCACAGUACAUACUUUUGGAAUGGGGAAAUGGUUUGCAGGAGUAACAAAAUAGGACCCACAUACCAGGAUAUGUAUAUUGAUUGAUUUUUCAUAUAGAUACCUUUCAGGUUUUUGUACUCUUUGAUGAAGUUCACAUUUUGCUUAAGUGAAGCAUACAGUACUUAUACAAUAAUCCCAAAUGGAGGGAUUGUGGUAGUCAUUGCUUGCAUCAGGCACAGUCAUCUUAUUCCAGUAUCAUAUAGUUUCACCUGAUUCAAAUAAGCCUGUUCUAUGGCUUUCAUUUAUUUAAUGUGUUUAUCAUAGUUAUAAUUUCAUCAUUACCAGAAAUGUGUGUAUAUUUGUCAUGCUGGUCUGGACAAAUUUUAGUUUGGCUUUAGCCUGUAGUUAUUCAUGUAGCCACAUUAUCACCCUCAUGAGCAUGCAUGGCAACUUACAAAAUGUACUUUAUGAUUUAUAUUAAAUAAUGCAUUUCUGUAGCAAUCAGGUCCAUUAUCGUAAUUAUGCAGGUCAGUAUAUUGAGAUGUCUAGUUUUCCUUUAAACACUGAAACCUGGUUUGCAGUGCCAAAUAUUAAGAUUCACCAUUAGUAAUGUGAUUUAUCCAUCAUUAUGUUUCAGUCCUGUGUCAAAAUUAUAUGUCUAAUUUGUAUUACUGAUGGAUGUUGUGAGGCUCACCAGACUUCAAAUAUUCAUCUUACAUCAUCCCAGCUAAAGAUACUGGUCAAUGAAAGCAACUCACCAGGAUAUAUUUUUGCAUAUAUAUAUAUAUGUAUUUGUUUUCUUCGAUAAUUUCAACUUUGUUUAUGGCUAACAUAGUUUUCGUACAUGUAUUACAGGUGUAUGAUUGUAUGGAUGAGCACAGUAAAUAUAAAUGUGUGUACAGCAUAACAGUAUAUUAUAAGAAUUUUUGUUCAAGUAUUUGAAAAGUGCUUGUAUAUAUUUUCUCACAGAGGGCAGGUCCAUAAACUAACAUGUAUGGAGUUAAUGAUAAUUUCAUAAUUUCUUGUGUAAUUACACAAGUUCAGCCCUAUUGACCGUCAAAUAGAUAAUGCUUAGGUGAGUGAUUCUUUAUGUCACAACUGAUGUGUUAGGAUGAUGAAAAUUACAAUAUACUGAUGCUGUGGUUGGUCUUAUUCAGGAAGGCAAAACAAUGAAUGUCAGUCUGCCGUGUGCCAUGUAUGUUACUCACUUCAUCUCAAUAUAUAAAUGAGCUGCAAAGCCACAAGCCUGAUUGCCAUGUCUUUGAUUGCACUAAAAAAAUAUCUAUGUUUUAUAGAAGAGUAUUAUAUUUUGAAGCAGAACAUAGUAGCACUGUUUUCUCAAGAAGAUCUUCAUGGUUUUGCUGUUUGGCUGCUCAGUGAUAAUAAUAGUAUGGAGAACUGAAUGGUGUAACAUGGAAUAAAGAAUUAUGUUUAUCUUAUCCAUUAGAACAUGUUUCUCUGCAACUAGUUCCUGUACAGCAAUGGGAUACUGUUUCAAAUGUUACUUUAUAUCUGAUACCUGUUUUUCAACAGGAAGUGGAUACAUUUUUUAAUAGUUCCUGUUUACCAACAGGGUAUAUAGUGUACAUCCAUGCUGACAUGGGAGCAUGGCAUACAUGCAAUGGUAUUCAUAUGUAUUUUGUAAUUUCACCUGCAAUCCAUCCCUUAACACAAAACAUCUAUCCAUACUUCUAACAAGAAUUCCACCUGAAGGAUUGUCCCCAGAAAAAGUCCUAAAUGCUUUGUUUAUAUACUCUUUUCUAAGCAUCAGUACCAUCCCUCCCUUUGUUCUUUCAUGUUUUCCUCCUCCAUCUACCCUGAGGUCAUGCAGCCAGUCCUUGGGUUUAACUCUCAGCUCUACAUACUCAUUCCACCUUAGCAGUGACACCUUUUCCUCUCAUAUCCAUACCAUACAUCCUCACUACAUGGUAAAUCUCACCUCAUUAGCCCACAUGCUCCUUUCAAGUAGCUCAUCUCCAAUGCAUAUUCAUUCAUAUCUAUUGUGACUUGUUUCAUUUACCAUGUCAUACUGCCAUGACACUCAGCGUCUUAUUUACCAUCAUUUCAGAUAAUUAUGACAAGCCAUUUUAUCCUCCUGUGACUAGUGCUUUAUUCACAUAUCAAAGCACCCUCUAUCUGAUUUCUCUGAUGUGACUAAUCAUCACCAGUAUGUUACAUUAUCUUGAUUACCUACUGUGGAGGGAAGUCCAGCUUCAUGGCAAAAACUGAAUCGGUGGAAAAUUGUCGGAUGUGAAGAACUUGGCCUGUAUCAUAUUAGUUUGGAAGUUAUGAUUAUGUCAGGGUUUAGAUUAAGUAAAUAAAUAUAUGAAAGAACCAAGAAAGAACAUGGUUAUUAUGGUGUUUAAUCUAAGGUAGUUCUCAUAAAAAAAUCCUCCCCAAGAAAUGGAGAUUAAUAACACCACUGCAGUCUGUUGCAUAUUGUGAGAUUAAUAGGUAUGCAGCUCCUAUAUUACAAGAGGGAUGAGAUUAGAGUCUGAAGGCCCCUCUACCCCACUCAGUUGCACCAUUACAGUUACAGCCUUAUUUGAAUUUUUUCCAAAUAUACACAUAAUAUCAGUUUAAGUUUUGCUGCUUUAUUGGAUGCAAAACUGAAAUGCUAAAUUAGUAUUGUUUCCUUUUGCCUCUCAGCAUGUAGGCAUUUCAAAACCAAGACAAUAUUUCAUGCAGUUACUAGGUUACUUAACACCACUUAUCUUAUAUCUCUUUAUUUACACAACUUUCAACAUUGUUUUCAGUAUUAUGAAACAAACCACUUCUAGUUUGAUGAUAAUGAGCAUUUCUCAAAAAUAUCUGCUCAUGGUGAGUUCCUUUGUGAAAGACAUGAGAGGAUAACACUGUGACAGGCAGCAGCCAAUGCCACCCAAUGAGCUCACAGCCUCCCGGCACCUCUCUCGGCCACUUCAGGUAAGGUAGAGUAAAGGGCAUUAACUCAACUUUCAUAUUUAUGGUAGAAAUGUGUGAAUAUAUCGUGGCCAAAGAAAAUGUCCAGCCAGGUGCUGGACCACUAAGAACACUCCAGCUUUGUCAUCACAGUAAAAAGUUUAGUCUAGGUGUGCUAUAUGGAUACCAUUAUUAGUGUUUCUUGAAACUUAGCCUACAAUAUCACAAAGCUUGAAUAGUGCAAUCACUUCGUGUUAAAUUUCUACAGCAUGACACUGCAACAACAUGAGCUGAGGUGUACUGGCGGCCCGAUGCCCCAGGAGCGGCAUGACAAGUGAGUCAUGAUUAUAAACAUUUUGUAUUUAUUUAUGCACAUUCAUUAAUAAUAACUAUGUCUUUUGUACAGAGAAAAGAAUAACUUGGUCAUGAUUAUGAUGUGUAAGUCUAACUGUGAGGCAUUAAACAGUCCAAAAGGUAGAAACACUGCACACACUCAUGCACACAAUAUACAUGCUGUCUGCCACUGAUAUGUUUCCCCAUUUAUCCUUGUUGUGUUCCCCUUUAUCAAGCUGACAGCAAGGGAGUCAGUUUAAAGUUAAGUACAUCAAAUAAGUACAGUUUUACAAACAAAUUGUCCUUCCCAACACUGGCUUACUAUUCUUAUUUGGCACUGUUCCAAGAUAUUAAAACAAUACACUGUUUGCCUUCACACUACAGUUUACAUCAAAAGUAAAAACUAAGACAAUUUGAGCCAUAAUUUUAUUGAAAAGUGUUGAAUAUCCUUGUGCUUCACACUGAGAAAAGUAAAAUAAAUAAUUGUUAAAAAAAUUGCUCUCCCUUAACUAAGGCUUGUAAGAAAUGAGACAUUCCCACCUCCCUUCAUAUGGCACUACAACUGAGGUUUCCUUAUUUCACAGGAAAAUAUAGACUUCAAAGACCUUUAAAAAUUACAAUUCCCAAAAAAACUUCCCUAUCAAGCACUGACUCCUAAUUCCGGUAUGUUGCAGCUCGCACGACUAGAUGUAUGGUACAAGGAGUUGUGCUCAGUGUAACACCUCCUUAUAGCUAUCUACCAGAGACAUACACCUUUUAUAUAAAUACUAAUACAUUCAUGCCUUCUUUCUAUUGUUUGAAUAGUUCAAUUACAAAAUUAUAGCCCUGACUACUAAAGAGGUGUGUCUUUCAGGUGGGCAGUAGUAUAUGGCAGGUGGUCUGUAUCUCUAGGCUGAGGCUUCACAGUAACUGAUUUCACUACUACUAGAGUUCAUCGAUACACUGAUUCCUUAAUUCUGCUUAUAACUUAAUAUGCAUUCCAAUCAACAGCUGCAAAACGGUGUUCCUUGAAAGGAAUGCAAGAGGUAUGCAAAAUAUUGUUGAGUGUGCGAUACAUGGAGUAUGGUACAGUAUACAGUAUAUAGAUAUAUAAAUAAUGCCUAACAGUAAACAUAGAAUUCCUUGGCAAUUAUGCUCAUAUUGAGAUGACUCUACAUUAACAAACAUGCGGGAGAACAAGAGGGUAUGGGUGGUGGAGGUCCCGCCGGGCUGAGCACAUGCACACUACUGCAGCAACACUGGUGCUCAACCUUCUAAGGCACUUCUUAGCACCAUCUAAAGUAAUAACAAUGCUCAAAACAAUGUAAUGAAGCAGCUGGUGUCUUUUGCUAUUGUGAAUGCAAAGUGAUAACCAAGAAAUGCUGACGAAUUAGAAUAAAUAAGAAUUACUGUUGGGCAAAACAAAUUAGAAAGGCAACUAGGAGGCAGGAGGACAAGGUAUCAUACUGCUUUUCUGGUUUCACAAUGCCUACAAUACUGACCCAUGAAAUAAAAAUAUAAAAAAAUAAUUUCAAAACUACAUUUCAUUCUGGAACAUUAUCUCUGGGUGGCAGCAUAGCUCUCUCUCUCUCUCUCUCUCUCUCUCUCUCUCUCUCUCUCUCUCUCUCUCUCUCACACACACACACACACACACACACACACACACACACACACA